GGCUAAUUAAUAUAUAAACUUGAAACGACUUGAGCAGAAAUGAGCCGUCUCCUUUGUGGAUUGGUUAAAUGCUUUGCACAAUAACUUAAGCGUCUUCUUUUCUUAAAUUCCAUCCAAUAAUAUUUAAUAUAGGAUUAUUAUUUUCAUUUCAAUGCUUUAUAUAUCCCAGUUGAUUAAUGUCUCAAAUUAAUCAUCUUAAUUUCAUUUCAUUUUAUAUCACUCCAUAAUAUCAUUUUUCAUAAAAAUAAGAAUAUAAAUUAAAAUAAGACAUGACUUAAAGAUCUUAGUUACCAGGCCAUUAACUGCCUUAAAAAAAAUUUGUUGUAGUUCAGUGGUUUGACUAGAUUAAUAGACCAGUAGAGAAAGGGCAGUCAUAGAUUAAACACAUAAUUGAGGGCAGUGUUUUUUGAACUUAGUUAUCGCAUUUAAUUGUAACAAACAUGACAUCAUUAUUAAGUUAUGAGACUUUAGUGCACGCUACAGCUGGUGCUACGGGCAGCGUCGUGGGCAUGACAAUAUUUUAUCCGUUAGAUACACUCAGAUCGCGGAUUCAAGUUGAAGAUUCGAAGAAGUUACAAGGAUCGACACUGGGAUUAUUAAUAAAACUAGCUAGUGAAGAAGGUAUUCAGUCUCUUUACAGAGGUUUAUCACCAGUUUUACAGUCAAUUUCAGUAUCCAACUUUGUUUACUUUUACUCAUUCCAUGCAUUACGAAAUAUAUCUUCCCAGCCAACAACAGCAUUGCCUGAUCUACUUUUUGGUUUAAUUGCUGGAAGUAUCAAUGUUAUUUUAACAUCACCGCUAUGGGUUGUAAACACAAGAAUGAAGUUGGAAAAAAACAAUUACAAAAAUUUAUUUGAAGGCCUCCUUGAACUAGCAAGAACUGAAGGCGCAAAAGGCCUCUGGUCUGGCACUGUUCCUUCACUACUUCUGGUUUCAAAUCCAGCUAUUCAGUUUAUGGUGUAUGAAUCUCUAAAACGAACAUUUAUGUCCCAAGGCUCAUUCCAUACAUACACAUCAUUUUUAGUUGGGGCUACAGCAAAAUCUGUAGCCACAAUCCUAACCUACCCCUUGCAAGUAAUUCAAUCUAGACUUCGUGCUGGUACUAAUUUGAAAACAUUGGUGAAAGAUAUUAAGUCAAAACCAAUUUCAAUGUUCCGUGGACUGGAAGCCAAGCUUUUGCAAACAGUCAUGACCGCUGCUUUGAUGUUUGUUGUUUAUGAAAAACUUGCUAAUUUAGUUUUAAUUAUUAUGAGAAUUGAGAAGGAAAAUACUCACUGACUAGAAAAAUUAAGUUUCUCAGAGUUAUAGAUUAGAAAACAUGCAGUUUCUCUUUUAAAUAAUAAUCCAAGUAAGGGGCCGUUUACGUAUUACAUAAGCAGAUUUAUUACAAUUAUUUAUACCUCCUUUCCCCUUGUCAGCAAAUGUAAGCAAAGUUCUGACCCCCCCCCCCCCCCCGUCUCCCAUGAUAACGUUAAGAUUGGUAUAUGUAUUUUUCUACGAAUGUAUUCUAAUUUUUUUAAUGAUUCAUGAGCAGCAAUUAUAAUUCUGGAAAUAAGAAAAUAGGCUUUGGAUAGCGGACUUUAACGCACUUCAUAUUCAUUUAAACAAACUUUAUUGGCACGGAAUUCAACAUAGAGUAUGAGGGCGGUUCAAUAAGUACACGUGUUAGAAAUGAAGACCCUUUUUUUUAAAUUUAUUAUAUUUUUUUCAACACAAUCCCCCUUUAGACCCUCCUCCCAACGUUUCUGCCAUUUUUUUAACACCUCAAAAAAUACGAAUCGCUGAACUCUCCAAAAUACGCCUAUAUCUUGGUGAUGACUUCCUGAUUUGAACAAAUUUUUUUUCCCGCGAGACAAUCCUUCAUGUUAGGGAACAAGAAGUUGCAUGGAGUUAGAUCGGGUGAAUAAGGGGGUACGGCAGCAAUUUUUUACUGGUGGUAGGACCUCUUGUGAGCCCACGCGGGUAGGUACCACCACCCUGCCCAUUUCUGCCGUGAAGCAGUAAUGCGUUUCGGUUUGAAGGGUGGAGCAGCCGUUGUAACUAUACUGAGAUCUUAGAACUUAUAUCUCAAGGUGGGUGGCGCGUUUACGUUGUAGAUGUGUAUGGGCUCCAGUAACCACUUAACACCAGGCGGGCUGUGAGAUCGUCCACCCAUCUAAGCAAUAAAAAAAAAUCAUGCAAUUUGGCAGCGACAACUCCGAAUGAAUGUGAUGGUGCAUUAUCGUUGUAAAACAACACCUUUUUUUCGCCAAAUGCGGCCGUGUCUCCUUCAAUUUUUUAAAGAAGCGGUCCAAUAACUUACUGUAGUAUUACCCCGUCCCGGACUUCGCGUCCCAAAACAAUCGUCGUCAUGACCUUUCCAGCCGAUGGGACCGUAUUCGCCUUCCUUGGCAUCGGGAGAAAUCCAUUGUCUUGAUUGUUGUGUAGUUUCUGGUGUGUAAUGACGAAUCCAGGCUUCGUCAAUAAUGACAACUCGACGCAAAAAGUUCUUCAGAUCUCCCUUGAAUUGCUUCAAACAAUGCUGCGAAGUUAACAGCCGCAUCGGGUUGUUGUCCACCGUGAGCAUUCGCGUCACCCAUCGAGUCGACCACUUUUUCAUCGCUAACUUAGCAUAUAAAACAUAAAUUGCUGUUCCGAUCGACACACCUAUUGCUUUAGCUACUUCGCGCGCUUUAGUUCGUCGAUCAUCGAGAAUCAUGUCGUGGAUUUUUUCAAUGGUUUCUUCGCUAACCACAUCUGCCGGGCGUCCUGGUCUCUCCUCAUCCAAAACGAGUGUUCAUAAACGUUUAAAUUCAUUUAAUCAAUAUCUAACUUUGGUCAUAGAUGGCGACAUGUCCCCGUAAACAGCAUCCAACUUUGCUUUUAUCUCCUCGCAUUUUUUCCCAUCCAAAAACAAAAAGCGAAUUACUGAACAAUACUGCACUUUUUCCAUCUUACCGAAAAUCACGAAACACCUCUUACUCGAAUAGCUGCCAAAUCCAAACUAACUUAAAAAUUAAUCUAAAAUUUGUUUUGGCGUCGUUUGAUAGAUGGCCGUACACGAUGACAACACCAACUUCCCUCAAAAACGACCUAUGUCUUCAAACGUGGGUACUUAUUGAACCGCCCUAGUAAGGCACAAAUGUUAUAAUCGUAAUAUUACUAACAAAAAAACUUAAAUUUUUGGUAUACAUAUUAAUUCCAAUCCACAGUCUUCAAUCCAUGACAUCCGAAUCCAUUAUUCUAAGUUUUCGAUGAUAUUGGAUGUAUGCUGCUCAAUGUUGUGUGUGCAAAGACUUUCAUCCGAUUUUGGGAUGUCUACGUCAUUCUUAUCGAGCCAUUUAACAUUUUGGUGCUCUAAAUUUUGAAUAAUGCACAUCAGUUCAUUGGCACGACGAGCAGCCACUCUUAUAGGCCAACUUUCAUAACAGUGUACGUGUUUUUAUGGAUCUUCUUGAUGUGACAAUUUAGUGACUUGACAGAAGCAUGAUAAAUGCCACACGGUUUGCAUGUUCGAAAUUGAUUGGCAGAUUGAGAAGUUGCCCUCCAUCAUCCAUUGAACUCCAGACCUCAGCUAACACAUUUCCUGCAAACUUGGAAUUGGACCUUUCUAAAUGUUCAUUAAUCAUAAUGCCACGUUCAUCCAUAAUGGUCAUGAGGCAAUAUCAAACCAACCACUUCCCGACUAAGACGAGCCAUUCUGCGCUCUAUUCUGUUGUACGCACUUCUAUCGGGAGCAUUGGUAGCUAAAAACAAUGCAUCGAGAUCAUGUCGCUUAAAGUGUUGUUUAUAUAGCAAACCCUAUAACUUUUUGAUAACGCGGAUUUUCAUGUGGUCCUCCAUAAACCGUCAUAAUUACCACUGGUUUUACCAAUCCUUGGUCAGUUUUAGCUAAUGCUCGAAACUCUUCAAGUUCGAAAAGCGUCUUGAAAUUUUGGGCAUGAGUAUUAGUAGUAGAUGAACUAUGCUUUCCACUUCGAAUAGCGAUGUAUUUUGAUCCAGAAUAUCCGACGGCUUGCGGUUGUCCUAGCAUACUGGAACUGAUUUUGAUACCAGCAUAAACUGAUGGUAUUAAUUUAUGCCGCUCAGCGAUUACCCAGUCGUGAUCAGGCAAUUUGAUUCUAUAUUCUAUGUGCAUUAGAAUAGGUGCUUGCUUAUUUGCCGCAGUUACUCCAAUAGGGACCCGAGCUUUAUCAUCUUGAGAUAUGAAAAAUACUUGAUCGGUCCAAGUAUGUUUCACGAUACGAUUGUUACAGCGAAAUUGCUAUCUAAGUGGCUUUUGUGGUGAUCAGCCUGAGCCCGAUUGAGCUUAACAGGGACUGUCAAUACAUUACCUCUUCGUCCCUCUGCAGAAUUAAGAUUUUCUGGGAAUCAAACGAAGAUAUGUCCCACUUCGACUCAUGUCCAAUCCUAUUUUACGUAAUUCUUGUGUGAGUUCAUCAAGAGUUUUUACACUGCGAAUAGAUUCCGUUCGUCUUCUAUCAUCUACUACACUCCCAAAUAAAGCAUUAUCCGCAAUUGUUUUCAAUAGCAAUGGUUGAUCGUUUUAGGACGCCCCACUGAAUCCCUCAGGGACAGUUUUUUUUAUUUCUGGAUUUUCAUCACAAAUAUCUUCUAACUUCUUUUCUUACCAUCUGUUUCUUCUGGGCAACUGCGUUUUGAAUCUUCCUGUUUAAUGACUGUUUCGCUGUUUUUAAUUCUUCACGCAACUUAAUGAUUUGUUUAUUAACUUCAUGCGUAUUAGCCCGUGCGGACUCACAAGAGGUCCUACCACCCUUUGUAGGCAGCGGCUUGGAUCUGCCCCUGGCAUUGCUGAAGUCCAUGGGCGACGGUAACCACUCACCAUCAGGUGGGCCGUAUGCUCGUCUGCCUACAAGGGCAAUAAAAAAAAAACAGUAAUUACGCAAAUUAUAAUUUUGCGGGUUUGAUUUUUAUUACACAUAUAAUAAACAUUUGUCAAGUACGCAUUUCAUUAGAAAAAUUGGUACCCGCCUGCGGGAUUCGAACACCGUUGCAUCGCAGAUACGAAUCACCGGACGUUUUAUCCUUUAGGCCACGACGACUUUUCUAAAAUUAACUACACAAUGCAACAAUUUUCAAUUUCUAACAUUUCUAGUGUAGUUGUAAUAUUUACAGUAAGUACUUAUACUUAAAAUGCUUUCAUCACUCACCUUGGAAAAAAACGUAGUAGAUUAGAUUUACGCUAGUUUAUUUAGGCUGCUUGCAAUUCUUCCUCAAUUCUCUUAGAGACAAUAAUAUCAAGUUUCUUGGCGGACUUUGCUUAUACCUUAUAAUUACGCCAUACUUCGUUAACUAACUUUUGUACAUUUGUAUUUGUAUGAGAUUUUUUAAAACUUUCAAACAAUUUUUGGUAUAGCUUGGAUUUGUCUAUUUAAAAUGACAUCUUAAACAAUUCAACUUUGGCGAAAUUAGAUCAACAGUAACACAAACAUUAUCUUCCUUUACUUACAACAUGUCAAAUUGCCAAUCGUACCGAAACGAAACAGAUUGACGGAAGAAAUUUAGACAAGUGAAUAGCGCGCGAUAAUUCCCCUACUCUGUUCCAAGCGAUUACUUAAACAUAUUCAUUAUUUAUGGGAAUCCCCGAAAAUGUGUUUCGUUUUCAAGCAUAGACAACGUGUAGGUUGCCAAUAUGUGUAAAAAAAUAGGAAAUAACUACUGCUGACGUAAUCACCAUCUAGACCCCCCAGUGAUAUGGAUAUUGUUGUAUAUGAAGUAGAUGCUAACGGUGUAAGAUUAACAAAAACGAAAUGUUUAUGCAAUAGUUAUUACUUUAUAAAGUUACUGUCCAAAUCUUACAUAGAUCUGACAUCAUUCCAACAACAAUCUAAUCAUACGACCGUCAUUAUGCAUUCUGUGCCAGUCUUCGCAUUAGCUAUAGUUUAGUAAAAUUAUUUAUUGAACACGUUAGAGAAGUAACAAUUUAUACUAUCUCCAUUUAUUUAUUUUCUGGAUGACAACUCCUGUGGAAACUUAAACGAGCGUCUUUUUACAUUAAUUAAUAAAAAUAUGACGCUUACAUACACAAGGUACAAGGUCAUAGUAGAGUCAGAGUAACUGAUAGGGAUCGAUAAACGUAAAACGAUAACAGGCCCCAUAUUUUUUUACAAAGCCGGAUAAUUUUGUACAUUUUUUUUAACUAAUAUUACAUUUCACUACAAGAUGUAAUUAUAUUAUGUUGAUUCUUUAUUUAUUUAUUUUAAUCAAAAUCUGAUGAAUCGUCACUGUUAACGACGCUAUAAUGUUUUGGGUUCUUCUCACAAUUUUUCCCAGUGUUCGGCGGUUACUUCCGCACAUGCAUUUUUUAAUAAAUCUAACAUCUUGUUUGCCGUAAAAGGGGAUGGGUAUUGUUUCAAGCGGCGCGGCGUGUCCUUUGACGUAGCCAUAUUAGUUCUAUAGCAUUUUGUGCUGGCAAUGAUACGGCGGAAGUCGAAGAACCCAAGGACCACAUUCGGCAGCUAUUUCGUCGGUAAUAUAUAUUUUAGGGGUUUUUUUUUCGAUUUUAAAAUAUUCACUAAUUGUACUUUUAAUAAAGUAUUAUCCACAUUUUCGCCAUGACGUUGGAGCCAGUCAAUCAUCUCCGGACCACGAGGUAUCGGCCUGACGUCACAGCAAAUCGGUUUUCGGUGCGUGUGUCCAAUGUAGUGGACUGGUGCGCAUCGACACGGCUGAAAUUUGUUUCGGAAUAAAAUGUAAAAGUGUGGUGUAUGUAGUUGUGUGUAAGUGUAUAUGUAGGAGUAGUUCACAGUACUAAAUCAGGGUGGUAGUUACAAGUGUCGCCAUGUAUUUUAGUAAAUGUAGUUUCAUUCGUUAGUUCACACCAUUGCCAGCGUCAAUCAGUUAUUUCACCAUUAGGUACAUUGUUGAUCAUAACGGGUUAUUCUCCGGGAUCAUUCUCCUUGUUGCAUUUUAUUUCGAGAGUCUUCUUUAUAUUUUUGGGAUAGUCAGUUGUCUUAUGUCCAAAGUCAUUACAGCGGAAGCACUUUAUUCCUUUAGAGCAGCUAGAAAGAUUCAUAAUCUAGGUCGCUGCAGUUGAAGCAUCUCAUCUUAGUUAAUGCUUUCUUCCAUCCAGAUGCUGUAGGUUUGAAUGUUGUUGAUUGAUUAUAAGUUCUUUUUGACGUUCGACAUUUCUUCUUUAUUUCAGCAUAUAAAUCAAGUUUUUUUCCUAAAUUCUUUGAUGUUGGAAGCCCCAUACAGUAUAGUUUUAUUCAUUUCAUGUCAUGGUAUCCCUAAUAUCAUUGAUGAUGUAUUCCAUCAGGGCUUAUCUUUAAUCUUUCCGAGUACUGGGACUUCUUUAAGUUGCAUAAAAUAUUGUUUAUAUGUUUCACCUGGUUUCAUCUUCCUAUUUGAUAUGGUCUUGCGAAUGGGUGCGCUGUAUGUAGUCCAAAUUCUUUUAAUCCCGUUAUCAAGUGUUCCCAUGUAGUCGUGCCAGUCAAAAAUCUGAGGAACAGUUUUGCUGUCCCCUUCAAAAGCCUUUUUGCGUAGAUCAAUUUUUUAAUGUCCGUCCAUUGCAUGAGAUUAGCCAUAUCUUCGAAAUCCUUAAUCCACGCCGUAUGCAUCGUCAAAUGCAUCCAUAGAUUUUUUAAUUCGCAGAAGGAAAUUGUGGAGCAGGUUCGGCAAAGCAUUCUUCGUCUGCCAUAACCACCCUCCGAGGCAUUUUACUAUUCAUUGAAUUCUUUGUAAAGGUCUUGAGAUGAAAUUUGGAAAGUGAAUAAUCUCAGUUUUUCCAGCGUGCGUAGUUUUCGUUCGCAACUUUUGUACACCGAUCACAGAUUUUGAUGUCGAUCUCGAUCCCGGACGGGCCCCCAAAAAUUUGUAGAACAGCGGUGCACAAUGAAUUAACCGAAUUUGUUGAAUUUUAUUUUUAAUACGUCUUUCUGUUAUUUCUUUUUUUUUAUUUAGUCAUCAACUCACGAAAAAUUUAAGUCUUUCUUUCUUUAUAAUUAAUCGUAAUAAGACAGACUAUAGAGUUCACGCGCCACCUGUCAUCUGUCAGGUCGGUGUGGCCACUGGCCAUGAUUAAACCAAAUUAUUCCUACAUAUUAUAACUAUAACGAUAUAGGUUGAAAUUUUAUGUCGGAUAGAGAGCACAGAUAUGUUGCCUCCUAAAUGGCUCCUACCAAUUAUAAAGAUUUUUUUGGGCGAAACAAAUAUACAAUAGCCAAAUUCUUCACCAAAAAAUUAAUAUCUUAGAAGUACGAAUUAUCUUUUUAGAAUAAGGUUGGAAAUCAGUCUAGAGUUGUAGGCAGCGGAUUGACUGAUCUUUGACCCACUUGUUGUCCAUGAAUGACCUUUACCACGUAUAGGUGAGGCAUUAGUUAGUCUUGCUUCAAAAGCAACAGUGAACUGGUACACUUGAAGGUGAAAGUAAACCAAAAAUUAGACAUCCUCUACAUCUAGUCAUUAUUAAAUCUACAUUUAUUGUUAGGUUAAUAAUUACAGUACCAUAUUGUUAAAAAUUAACUUGUCAAAAAUUGUAAUUCCCAUGACAAAAAUGUUACCUUUAUACUUUAUUGCACUUAUUAUAAUUAAUUGUUAGUUUAAAUCAAAUUCUCUUGUUUUCUUUUGAACUAAUUUUGUCAACGUUAUUUAUUUAUGUUUAACUACUUACAUUCAAUACUUAUUUUUCACUUUACUUAUUUUUCAAUCAAUUUCAAUCAUCAUUGUCAAUAUGGAAAAUUAGUACAUUUGGUAUGUUUUCUAAUUAAUUUCAAAGCUACUCUUCAUUAAUUAAACUGUGAUUCAAUAUUAGUAGUAAGUAGUUAGUGUGUAAGAAUAAAGAAUGGUUUUGGUCAGUCACAGAAUUCUCGUUAAUAAAACUUUGUUUAAAA